CGUUAAAUGAUUAGCUAGUUGUGUUCCGAGGCUCGCGAAAGGUGGCCCGAAGACCCAUCGAAGAUAAUCCGUCGUACAACGGCGUCCCGGCUUCGGAUCCGGAGGAAUCAAGAGAAAAUAAGCAAAUUGAAACCUGAUCUUUUGGAGAUAAAUGUCUGCACGAGGUUUCUCGGUCACCCUCCACCGAGAUGGGCACAAUCAACCCUGGGGCAUCAGAGUGGUGGGGGGUUGUGACUUGGGCAAGCCACUCGUCAUCACAAGGGCGAUCGCCGGCACACCCGCAGAAGGCUUUGUAAAGCCCGGAGAUGAAGUACUUCAGAUCGGCGACUACGACUCGAGAGACAUAACACACCAAGACGCCCAGAGCCUGUUCAAAAAUGCCGGAAACUCGAUACGACUAGUGAUACACAGAGUCGGAAGUGAGCACACAGGGAGGAGCAGAGAGUGCAGCCUGGACCCGCUGGGACUGCCGAAGGGGAGCCUUUCCGAACGGCUCUUCGAGCAGAUGGGAUCCGGGUCGUACAACUCGAACGCCUGCCAUUCCAGGAGCUCGUCCGCGUUGUCUUUCCACAGAGAUAACGAAGACGAGUUACGCGUCACGGAACAGCCGUACAGAACGACACCGCUUGUCCUGCCAGGUGCCAAGGUGAAGAAGGAUUUCGGACCGACGGAAUCGUACUUGAGACACCAUCCGAACCCGACUUUCCGACAGGCUGCACCCCAUCCUCUCCUUCCUCACGAAAUUGCGAUGAAACAAAGGGUUGCAGAUACCGUCUUGCAGAAAAUCGAGGAACAAGUAGGACCUGGCGUUCAGAUCUCUCACAAGCAGUUUAACUCACCCAUCGGCCUGUACUCGGAGCAGAACAUAGUCGACACGAUCAACGCACAGACAGCACCAGCCGUAAAGAAGACAGUGGUGUUCGACCCGGUCAAGUCCGAAACUUACAAAGCUCUUCAUGACCAGGAAGCCGAUUACGCCCAGGAAGUCACGCCUAUUCCAACCAGAGUCUUCACACCAGUCAAGCCUAAAUCUGUGCCUCACCCUGUACCAGCUCCACAUGCGUUGAACGCCACCGGCCAGACACACGAGGAGAUCCAGCAGAGCAACACAUUUAAGAGAUUGAUGCACAUGGUCCAGACCGAAGGCGUUUAUUAAAGGACGAGAUGUUUAAAAAAAUCUAAUAAUUAAUUUGGCAAAACGGAAAAAAAGGAUAACAAUCACUUUUGUGAUAUUGUCGCUUUUUAAAUUAAUUGAGUCCGUUUUAAUUAUUUAUUAUACUUAUAAAUAUUGUAUUUAAGUUUUAAUCUAUUUAAUGAUUUUUUUCUCUUGUCUCUCGUUUUACAUUAAUUUAUUUACAUAGUAGUCUUUUUAUUUAUUUAUUGGAGAGUGUGAAAUCUAGUCAAUCUAAGGGGAAAUUAACUGUUUAACAACCGUUUCAGCAUGUUGAAUUUUCUUUUUUUCAAAUUAAUAUGCUUACCAUCGCCAUCGACAAUUCGUAAUUGUACAUAGAGGUUUUUUCUUUUAAGGAUUUCGGUCAAUUAUAAAUUACAAAUAUGUUUUAGGA